GUGCAAAGCCACUGCUCACUGCUGAAGCCCAACUAGGAAACAAGAUGAAUGCCAAAGGACUCCAGAAGUUGUUAAUCUCCACGACCAAAGCUCAACAGAGACUCUUGAAUAAAAAGUUUCUGAGUUAUAUAAGAACAAAGCAACGGUUCUACAAAAACGUAACAAUCAACGAAGAUAAAGGAAAGUAUUUCAUACAGUUGGAUGGCAAGAAUGUGAAAACUCCUCUUAGGAAUGAUCUGUAUGCUCCAACACAAAAACUUGCAUCAAUAGUUGCUUCUGAGUGGAGUUCACAAAAACAGACAAUAUUGGCUCAUCAAAUGCACAUGACUUCAUUAUGCAACACCUGCAUUGAUAACCCAAGGAAAAGAACAAAAGAGGACAUGAUACAUGAUGCCCUCAGUUUUUUAAAUUCAGAUACUUUGUGUGCAAGAACACCUAUCGAAGAAUCAGAACACACUGCAAAGAUGCAGAGUGAAAAAUGGGACCCAGUACUUCAUUGGUUCAGCAAACGAUUUGAUGUUGAAAUUGUGUCAAGUACUGAUAUUUUUGGCUUUGAGCAACCUGAAAUGACUAUGUUGAAAAUGAAGCAGUAUUUAUCAAAGCUCAGCAGAUGGCAACUUGAAGGUCUGGAGUUUUCAGUAGAUAGUGUCAAAUCUUUUAUCAUCCCAUUUGCUGUUAUUGAAAAUUAUACAACAAUAAACGAAGCAAUAUAUCUUGCAAGACUAGAAGUGAACCUGCAGAUUGAAAAAUGGGGCAGUGUGGAAUGGUAUCAUGAUAUCGAAAAAGAAAACCAAUUGGCACAUAUGUCGGCUGGUGUACUGUUUUAUCAGCUCUGUUCUGAGAGCUUUGAUGAUGAGCUGUAACUUAGAAACUAUAUAAC